AUCGUCUGACAUUGUGCCUCGGUUAUUGGCUGAAGCAUAUGUUUUUUGUGCUGAAAUAAAAUACGCCUCUUUGUUAAAACGGAAUUUAAAUCUAAAUAUGGUGACGAAUGUAUGUUCACGGAGGGCUAAGGCUAUUACAUGGAACCGAAUGUGAUAUAUGCUCGACUAAUCUGCAAGGCAAUUCGAUUGCUGUGGUACCUUAUUUUUUGGUUUUAAUUUAAAACCUAAAGUGGAGCGAAAGACAGACUGAACAGGAAAACCUUAAUAUGAGUGAUGACAAACCUUUCCUAUGCACUGCUCCUGGCUGUGGACAGAGAUUUACAAAUGAAGACCACUUGGCUGUUCACAAGCACAAACAUGAGAUGACCCUCAAAUUUGGUCCAGCCAGGACUGACAGUGUCAUUAUUGCUGAUCAAACACCCACACCUACACGCUUUCUAAAAAACUGUGAAGAAGUCGGACUCUUUAAUGAACUCACAAGCCCCUUCGAUCACGACUUCAAAAAAGGGACUGACGAUGAUAUUAAAAAGUUACCACUGGAUUUGUCACCGCUGGCCACCCCUAUCAUACGCAACAAAAGUGAAGAACCCACCGCCCUAGAGGCCCAUCGAGGUAGCCCUCUGCCUCACCCGGAAUCUACGACGAGCGACGACAAGGACUUAUCUUUGCAGCCAGCCUCACUGCCAACAUCCACUAUAGUCCAUCCUGCAUCCCUCCAAGUUCCCAAUGUACUCCUAGCAACCUCUGAGGCUAAUCUUGUUAUACAGCAAGCACUCCCAUCGCCAACAUCUAGCUCUGUUAUUACCCAGGUCCCAUCCACUAGUAGGCCUAUAGUGCCAGUGUCUGGCACCUUCCCUGUGCUCUUACAACUGCCUAAUGGCCAGACCAUGCCAGUCUCCAUUCCAGCAUCCCUUACAAGUUCUAGUGUACAUAUUCCCACCACAAUCCCACUUGUCAGACCUGUCACAGUAGUGCCUAAUGUCCCCGGCAUCCCCGGACCCCCCUCGCCACAGCCUGCCCAGUCAGAGGCAAAACUGAAACCAGCCAGAAUCCAGGAGCUUCUUCCUCUAACCAAUGGUGAUGGCUAUGAAGUCCAGAGCAGUGCCAUAACGCACACUGCUGCUCCUGCUUCUCCCGCCCUAAUCGCCACUCCUUCCCCAUCCACAUCGCUCGCUGUGGAUGCUAAUGUGCCACCCCCAAGUGAAGAACCUUCUGCACAUUCCCUUCAGCAGCCGGCCACCUCCACCACAGAGACACCUGCUUCCCCAGUGACCCCCACACCAAACCCUCCAAGCACGGGAGGUCGGCGGCGCAGAACAACAAGUGAAGACCCGGAUGAGAAGCGACGCAAGUUCCUGGAGCGUAACAGAGCGGCAGCCUCCCGUUGCAGACAGAAGAGGAAAGUAUGGGUGCAGUCCUUGGAGAAGAAGGCUGACGACCUCAACUCCAUGAAUGGACAACUUCAGAGUGAAGUCACCCUGCUGAGAAGCGAAGUGGCCCAGCUGAAACAGCUCCUCCUGGCUCAUAAAGAUUGUCCUGUAACUGCCAUGCAGAAGAAGUCUGGCUAUCACCUCACCGACAAAGAUGAGAGCUGCGAGGAGAUGUCCGUCCCCGGGAGCCCUCAGAGCGAGGCCAUCCAGCACAGCUCCAUCAGCACCUCCAAUGGGGUCACCUCGUCCUCUGCGCCCGCCACAUCCAACCAGAGCACAGACGAGAGCCAAACGCUGAGCAGCGCCACCCACUCUCUGCCUUCAGAGAGCUGAUCAUCUCAUCCUGAGCUGGAUUUGGUCACAGGAGCGCUGUUCAAUGUCUGUGUCUUGUCUUUCUUUCUCUCUCUCUCUCUCUCUCUCUCUCUCUCUCUCUCUCUCUCUCUCUCUCACUCUCUCUCUCUCUCUCUCUCUCUCUCUCUCUCUCUCUCUCUCUCUCUCUCUCUCUCUCUCUCUCUCUCUCUCAUACCAGUGAAGAGAUUGUCCUCUUGCCUCACUUUGGAACAUAUUCGUUAUUUGUUCUAUUUAUGUUGGGUCAAUUUGAUCUUCUUUAGGCAAUACUGUUAUGAGACUAAAGGAGAAGGCACUUUAGGUGUAACAUAAUGAUAAUUUAUUUAUUUAUCUUAAGAGGUUUUUUUUUUUUUUUCAUUUAACAGUCACUUCCAGAAGUAGCGAUGGGCAUAUACCAAUAAUUUAUGGAGUAUCCUGUCAAUUGUGUGCAACUGAUCAUUGAUCAAUUAUGUCAACUCAGGUAAGUUGGAGUACCCAUACAGCAGAGGUGCGGGUGAUUUUUGGACGAAACAAGUACACUAUUGUGAACCUCUGUUAUUCAAAAAGGAUUAUGACCAAACCAUGCUGUGAAGAGCAAAAAUUUGCUAGCAAUUAACAAACCCCUACAAAUAUUUAUAAAUGCCGGUAGAGCCCGCAAGAUGGCAGCAAAGCAGUGUUUUACUUAUCGAAAUGAAGCUCCUCAACUCAUUCCAAUGUAGUUCCUUGGCACAAUGAUUUUUAAAGCAAAUAAUUCAGUGUACAGUGAGUCUGCAUCUAUGAGACGGAAAAAAAAAAAUAGAAUAAUGGUAGGGUGAGACCAUUUGUAGAUUAGGCAGAAAAAGUUACAAAAAUGAACUAUUUGCUAUUCAUUGUGUAAAUAUAUAAUAAAGAGAAAGCGAUACAUUUGCUUCACAAAAUGUAGAGCAAAAACAAAAACGGGAAAAUGAAUUAUAUGCUCCGUGGGCUGCAUAAAAGGGCAGAGCGGGCUGUACAUGACCUACUGGAGCUACACCCGAGCAAUGGCACAAGUCCACCAUUUUGUUCAAUCUGACACCAGCGUGGAAAAAGGAGUUCAGAACAUUCCAAAUAAUGUCAUUGAUUCAUUUCCUACAUUGUAGAAAAUGGAGUCUAAUGCCCAUCCUUUCUGAGUAGGUUGGAAGUGUGUUGGCACAUUCAUUUAUCGCAUUUGUUUUAUUGACAUAAAAUGGCACUAUUUAAACGGUCAUCCGUAUUUUUAUUUACACGAGUUGCUCCCUGUAUUUUGCACAUUUAGAGAAACGAAGGGUUUAGCUUUUUAAGCAGUGGCAUAUUUUGUCACAUGACACAAUUGUAAUUGGCUGAACCCGAUGCUCCCAUUGGACUGCUUUUUAUUCUUUGUGGUGGUGGGAUCGGAUCCGCUGUAGUCGCAUCGUGCAGUUUGAAUGUUCAGAUUUCUUCUGCCUGCCGAAAUGAAAAACAAAAUGUGUAAGAUGGUGGAUGCCCCAGUUCAAAACGUCCAAUGUUUCUACAACCUUCUGCCCGUAGUUGAUUGUUACAGAAUCGGUGAUUGUAGGCAUGAAGGAAAUUGCUUUGUCAUGGUGGCAGGCUUUUUGUUUGAUACCAUUCAUCUUUUUGUAUCAAUAAUUAUUAGCUGUUCAUUAGCUUUUGCUCUUUAAAUGUGUAAAUAGCUUCAUGCAGCAAACUUGAUGCUCUUCAGGUUGCUCAUUUUGUUAGGGUUAAAAUCAUGUGAGCAACGUCACUGAUACAUUUGUAUGUUAUAGGUAUUGAACAUCUUUAAUGGGAGUUCUUGCUGAGCUGUUUUGAACAUUAAAAUAUCUUUUGGGAAUUUUCAUCCAUCCAUCCAUUCAUUAUCUGAGCUUCAUUCAGAUACCCAAAAACAAAAUAAAGUCCCACCAUGAUGUUAAUAUGAAAACUCUACUGGCUUACUACUGUGUAGUCAUCCAAGAUGAUUAUUUGGUUCUUAUUAAUAUUUAUUUUGUACAUUUUGUGCUCUGCAUGACGUAAUGAUUCUCUGCGAGAAUUAAGCAAUGUUUCAGUCAAAUAAAAGUCAAUAAGGAGCUUUGUUUUCGUUGAAGUGCUCAACCAGGGUGUGGUACUGUGUCCCAUGUGUAUUCGUGACUUGUGAACGUUCUCAAAGAAAUUCCAAUUGAUAACUUGUAAUAAAUCUUUUAAUAUUU